AUGUCUUCAAUCUCUGGUGACUCUCACAAGGAAGUUCAGUCCGACCCAGGCGUGAUGAAAAUCUCGACCUCGGGUACCGCCGACCAAUACGUGACAAUCGGUAAGCACACCUAUCACAAGCACGAGUUGAUGGAGGCGUUCGGUGGUUCUUUGAAUCCUGGAUACGCUCCAUUCCCAACCCGGGAGUUCGGUAAUCCUUCUCCCCUUGGAUUGUGUGGUUUCGCUUUGACCACCUUUGUGUUGUCGAUGAUCAAUGCCCAGGCCAUGGGUAUCAAGGUCUCGAAUGUCGUUGUCGGAUUAGCAUGUUUCUACGGUGGCUUUGCUCAAUUCUGUGCCGGAAUCUGGGAAGGUUUCGUUGGAAACACCUUUGCCAUGUGUGCUUUGACCUCGUACGGAGGCUUUUGGCUUUCUUUUGCAGCCAUCAACAUUGAGGCGUUUGGCAUUGCUUCUGCAUACGAGGACCACGAGGGCAUGCUUGCCGAUGCGAUAGGCUUCUUCCUAGUUGGAUGGGCCAUCUUCACGUUCAUGUUGACUUUGUGCACGUUGAAAUCCACAGUGAUGUUCUGCUCUUUGUUCUCGUUCUUGACUAUGACCUUCGUGCUUCUUGCUGCCGGUGAGUUCACAGGCAAGGUCGGUGUCACUAGAGCCGGCGGUGUUUUUGGAGUCAUCACCGCGUUCAUUGCGUUCUACAAUGCAUUUGCUGGUACAGCCAACAGCAAGAACUCUUACAUUACUGCCAAGCCUAUCAGAUUGCCAUGGGUCAGAUAA